AUGGAGAUCAAAGAAGAAAGCUUUAAUAGGGUUAUGGAGUCUGUAGUGAUUAAGAUCAAAGACAACAGACAAAACUAUGACCUCCUGUUCAGGCAGGAUAAUGCCUGGCCACGGUUACCGGUCAUAAAAAGUGUCCCCAAUAUGCUCCGUGAAGAAAAUGGAAAAGCUUACACCCCUAGCGUCGUAUCUAUUGGGCCUCUCCACAACAGAAAUGAAUUUCUGAAAACAAUGGAGGCCGACAAGGAGGUGGUUGACGAUGACACCAGUAGUAGUCGUCUUGUAGAAAUGAUGCUAAUUGAUGGUUGCUUCAUUAUCGAACUUAUAUACAGGCAUUACAAGAAGGAAAAAGAGCCAAUCUUGCAGGAUGCUUUCAGGCACUCUGCCAUACUACGUGACUUGCUACUGCUUGAGAACCAGAUUCCCUUCAUUGCUCUUGAAGAAUUGUUCCGCCUCACGGUGGAAUCUAUGGAACCUGUAAGUGGUAGUAGUAGUGCUAACCUUAUUGAAUGUAUCCUCUCAUUUUUCGGUGAUAGAAUGGGCUUGGAAGAUACAGUUGACUUCAAAAAAAAGGAUAGAACUCGUGAUCCUUAUCAUAUACUCCAUCUCUUACACAUUUGCCACCAACCAGUUGUUGAGGAUGAUGAUGAUGCACCUCGCCAUUUUAACGAACCCCAAGGAGGAAGAGGAGGUGGAGUACCAGGCCGUGCGCCUCACCAGGAGCAACCUAGCACGAGACACGAAGCAACUCAACCCGUCGACCAAAAUAUUGCAGGAGGAGGAGGAGUGUCAGGGGCAUGUCCAUGGCACCUGAAGAAACCGGGUACAGGAACGCAACUUUACUUUGAAGGAGUCAAGUUGCGGAAACAUAAAACAAAGAACCUGUUUGAUGUUCGGUUUAGGGGUCGUGAUAGUUUGUGGUGUUUUUGGAGAGGUCGGCUUGAAAUCCCACGUUUCUGCGUUUAUAAUUUCACCGACUCAUUGUUGAGAAACCUUAUUGCUUUCGAGCAAUGUUGCCCUUGGAUUAAGAGUUCCUUCACGUCCCAUGCUUUUCUCAUGGAUAUCCUAAUAGAUUCGGUGGAUGAUGUUAAAUUGCUUGAGAAAAAAGAAGUCCUAUGUAACCAUUUGGGUUCACGUGAAUCGGUGGCGCAAAUCUUUAACGGAAUUAUCAAGAAUAUUACUGAUCCACGACCUUUCCAUUACCUUGAGCUACGGAAUGAGAUGAAGCGUUUCCGCACCGCUUUUCGUGAACAAUUGGCAACGGUGACGCGGCAUUUGGGUGGUAAUUUAUGGAUAGUGAUAUCAGUCAUUGGUGCUCUAUUCAUUUUCAUGUUCGCGCUUUUGCAGACCAUCUACUCCAUACGUGCAUCAAAGUAG